AUGACUGCACACCAGUCUCUCUUUCAGGUCAGCAGCAUUACUGUGGUGUUAUUUCUUUAUUCUUCUUCCUUUUACUUCAUUCGCCUUUUUUCUUCAUUCGCCUUUUUUCUUCAUUCGCCUUUUCCUCGUUCUUCAUUUUUCUUCCUAAUUAGUUUUUUUUAUUCAAUCUUUUGUCACUUUGCAUGUUUUUCCCAUUUUAUGUUUUUCUCUUUCUUACCACAAUGUCCGUUUUUUUUUUCUUUUUUACUUUUUCAUUCUUUCUUUUUCUUACCACUACAUGUGUUCCUAUCAACUUCCAUCUAUCUUCCUUUCUUUUUUAUUCCCUUUCUUAACACUAUAAAAGUCUUUGACCCUUUUCUUUCAUUUGUUCUUUCUUUCUUUCUUUUUCCUUCUCUUUCUUACUAUGAUGUGCGUCUUUUGCAUGUCUUCUUUCAUCUUUCUUUUCUUAACACCGCAUUCAUCCCUUUCAUCUUUCUUUUUGCCUUUCUUUCUUUUUCUCUUUCUUGCCACAAUGUGAAUCUCUUUCAUCUUUCUUUCUUUCAUUCUUUCUUUCUUAGCACAGUUCUUUCUUUUCUUCUCGUUUUUUUUUCUUUCUUUUUCAUUCUUUUUCUCUUUCUCGCCACAGAUUUUUUUUCUUUUUCUUCUUUCUUUCUUUAA